AUGUUGCAAUUCAUCCAAGACUACUUCGGUCUGCAACAGGGACCUUACGACGAGACACCACCGGACGUACCGCCAAGAAUCCUCGUCACCGUCAUCACCAGCAGCGACGUCAUGUCGAAAUCUGAGCCUGCCUCAUUCUCGAUCACACUUCAAGCUGUCGUAGACGGUGAUAGACCAGUGACAGUUGAUGUCUUCCAUACCAUCCUCUGGCGGAGUUUUCCCACCAAGCAUUACGAAGGCUUCACCUUCACCGACUCUCGGACCCAAAUGAAGGCUCCACUGCCAGUCAGGGAUAUCCAGUAUCACGUCUCAGGCCACCUGGAAGCUUCCAAUGAAUGUGUGGCUGAAAUACCGACCAAAGUCUCCGGUGACCGACCGUAUGAGGUCAGCUUCACCACAGGCAACAACGAUGCAAUGCAGACCGGCCAUGAAUACCAGAUUGGCCUCGGCCCCAAGGAUGAGAUUUCAUGGUGGAUGAUGGGCAGCAAAGCUCAAGUUUCUGCGGCCCCAAAUGAAAGGAGAGGGCGGCAUCUCGACGAAGAUGUUCCGAAGCUUCGCAUGGUGUUGGUCAACAAGGCUACAUUCAAGGUGCCUUUCUCGAUCAAACUACGACUGCUCGUUCAAAGUGUCAUACCUGUGACUGUCAGCACCUACGGCACUGCCAUCCAUUCUACAGUCGGGGCCCUGCUCGGACAGGGAUUGACAUUCACCGACAUUCUUACCGGGACGCAGUCAAGGUCAUCGAUCACCCAUGCACCCUCAUCCCAACCCAACUGGCUCGACAUUUUCGAUCCCAGCAUCAGGGAAAUACCAAUCAACGGCAUGUACUCGACACCUUACGAGGUCGACUUUACUGUGUACCACGCGGACUCUAGCAAGAAUACGGAGCAUCCUCUGACCGGCUUGAAUACCGGCCACGAGCAUCAGGUUGAACUCGACCCGAAGAUGGCCUUUUUCGACUGGUGGAAGAUGGGUUCGAAACGCGAGGUGUUCGCAGCACCAAAUCGUCGGAGAGAAUGGCGGGAACCUGGGGGGUACAGACCUCGACUGCAGAUGAAAAUUGUCAAUUGCGCACGAUUUCUUGUGGAUGACUGA